AAGUAAAGGGAUGUGAUGAAGACUCACUUUUAAUGGGACGGCAUUACAUUACUUGUUAAUUAAUUCACUAAUUAAUUUGUUAAUCAUCUCUUUCACAUCUCUCACAGCUAUAUAAAUAGGAAUUGGAGGAACCCUGUUUGAUGAACACAACUUGAAGUUGAAGAAAAUUAUAUACUCGAUCGGUGCACUUAGAAAGUAGAAUUGCUACAUAGUGUUGAGAAAUUCGUACAUAGGAUCUUGGAAAUGGCAUCUUCCAUUCUUUUCUUCGGAUUCCUUGCUUUUUCCUUCAGCCAUGUCCUAGCAUCGGAUCCAAGCUCCCUUCAAGAUUUCUGUGUGGCAGAUGAAAACAGUAAUGUGAUAGUGAAUGGUUUGGCUUGCAAGGAUCCCAAAGAGGUUCAAGCUGAUGACUUCUCCUUCAGUGGACUUCACUUGGCAGGCAACACUUCAAAUGCUGUAGGGUCUAGGGCAACCACAGUAAACGUAGCCCAGAUACCAGGGCUUAACACACUUGGAAUCUCUCUUGUUCGCAUCGACUACGCACCAUGGGGCAUUAACCCUCCUCACACACACCCUCGUGGAUCCGAAAUCUUGACUGUCAUCGAAGGCAGUCUUGAGGUUGGGUUUGUGACAUCCAGCCCUGAAAACCGUCUCAUCAAAAAAAUUCUACAAAAGGGUGAUGUGUUUGUAUUUCCUAUUGGUCUCAUUCACUUUCAGAGAAAUGUUGGAAAUGGCGACGCCGUAGCCAUUGCAGCUCUGAGCAGCCAAAAUCCAGGCGUCAUUACCAUUGCCAAUGCGAUGUUUGGCUCCACCCCAUUGAUCCCAGGUGACAUUCUAGUGAAGGCUUUCCAGUUGGACAAGAAUGGUGUCAACUACCUUCAAUCCAGGUUCUAAACAAUGUUGACAAAAAUUCAUGGAGGCUUUGGGAUAUAAGUUGUGACCCUGUGAAGGCUUUCUUCUUUGUUGGUUUGCUUGUAACACUCCUUUGUUGAGCUUGUAUUUCUGUGUGCCUCUUUGUGGGGGAUUCAUUGAUUCUUUUUUUUUUUUUUUUUUUUGAUUAUCGUGGGGUGUCCGGGCCAGCUUGCGCGCACUACGACUAUUCCUCACAGUCCAUUGAGCAUCCUGCAAGCCCAGUGAGCAGGUAAGGCACCGCAAGGGUGACAGACGUGCACAUAGAGAAUCGAACUCGAGACGGGGGCGGAACAAGUCACACGAUUGACCACUGAUCCAGACCCUUGAUUCUUUGGUCUACUAGUUAUGUGCUUUUACACCAUUGGCACCUCUCUCUUUUGUACAAGAUGAUGAUCCAGACUAGAUUUGUUGUGAUUGCUUGUUUGAGACGUUGAUACAUGGCUUAGGCAGAAAGGGAUCGGAUUUUAUGCAUUGUGGUUGCUUUUGGAGUGUUGACAUUGUUAUAUGUUAGCAGAUAUAUAGAAGAAAUUUGUAAAAUAAUCAGAUUGUUUUAGUAAACGGCUAAAUGAUCAUCUACAGAAA